ACAAUUGAAGAGAUUUAAAUUGUACACGAACUACUUUUAUUUGCUCCUAAAACUAAUGCAUGGUUUAGCAUUUCUCUGUUAAAAUUGGACAGUUUUGAGCAUCGAGUUAAAAGAGGAGGAAAAGUGAGAUGGCGAUUGUUAGUAACAAAUUUGACCCAUGUAGCUUUUGCUCCAAUAUUUGCAAUGAAGAGCUCCAUCACUUACUGGUUCCCUCUCACCCAGAGCAGAAGUUAAAAACUAUCCUGCAGAAGUUGAGUAGUUUCACUUCCCAGUUGACCAGUUAUCCUACAUGCGACGAAUGCCGUCAGGGUCUUAUAACCGUUCACAACAUUCCCGAGAGCUGCUUCCAAAUUAUACCCAGCGCCAAACCGACUGACAUUAAGACAGAACCAGAAUUAAUGAUUGACAACCACGAGCUGCCAGAUAACGAUGAGAAUUUUGAAACAGAUCCAACGACAAACUUUGGACUGGUUGAACCGGAAAACGAAAUGCAAAUCAAAAGAGAAAAUGGAGAGAUAUUCUUCAUCAGCGAAAUGGAUGGGAAAGGCGACGAUAUAUCAUUAUUUCCGUUUGCUAAAAGAAAUACCCAAAGAACAGAUGAAUUGGGUGCUUCGCAGAAGGAAGUUCACUCCUUUUCAAUAAGUUGUAAGGCAGGCAUAGUUAAUCAAGGAGGGAAACCGCUUAAAUGUGAAACAUGUGAAAAAACAUUUAGAUCAAAAUACGGACUUCAAGUGCACGUUCGAUCUCAUACGGGUGAACGUCCUUAUUCUUGUUCCCAUUGUCCAAAAGCGUUCAAGGACCCUUCAUCGCUCCAACUUCACAAUCGUGUUCAUACAGGUGAACGUCCGUAUAAUUGUCCACACUGCCCAAAAUCGUUUAAAAAUUAUUCAACGCUUCAAGACCACAUUCGAAGUCAUACUGGCGAACGUCCCUAUUCCUGUUCAUAUUGUCCGAAAGCGUUUAGGCGACGUACAACGCUCCAACUCCACGUUCGAAUUCAUACACGUUGUUUGGAAACGAUUACACAAAGAAACAGUGAUUUGGAUGCUUCACAGAGAGAAGUUCAAUCACUUUCAGUAGGUCAUAAGGGCUCGGAUGGCAUCGCGGAAGACGAAGCUCGGAUGAAAGGCCACAUACGGUUACACACGGGAGAGCAACCGUUUAAAUGUGAAAAGUGUGAGAAAACAUUUAGCUCAAAACACAGAUUAAAAGAGCACGUUCAGCAGGAUCAUUCCUCUGCUGGUGAACGUCCCUAUUCUUGUCCACAUUGUCCGAAAGCAUUCAAGCGACCUACAACGCUCAAACAGCACGUUAGAACCCACACAGGAGAACGUCCCUAUUCUUGUUCACAUUGUACGAAAGCCUUUAGGCAACGUACAACGCUUCAAGUGCAUAUCCGAACUCAUACUGAUGAACGCCCUUAUUCUUGUCCACAUUGUCCAAAGACCUGUAGGACACAGUCAACAUUCAAACAGCACAUUCAAACUCAUACGGGUGAACGUCCCUAUUCUUGUCCACAUUGUCCGAAAGCGUUUAAGCAAUGUACGGCGCUCCAGCUGCACUUUCGAACUCAUACAGGUGAACGUCCAUUUGCUUGUCCACAUUGCCCGAAAGCGUUAAAUAGUCGUAGAACACUCAUAGCCCACAUUCGAACUCAUACGGGAGAACGUCCCUAUCCCUGUCCACAUUGUUCCAAAACGUUUACAAACCCUGCAGCACUGCGCGUCCACAUUCGGAUCCACACCAAAGAGAAGCCUUACGUAUGCGAACACUGUACGCAAUCUUUUAGCCAGUCCUACAACCUUACCAUGCACAUUCGUCGACAGCACAGUAAGCACGACCAGUUCGAUAAGGAUACAGGUGGUUCGGAGCAGGAAGCACAGAUGGCCGUGAAGAAAGAGAUAACUGGUAGCUGAAGAAUUCCUUCAUCACCAAAAACGGUUGGCAAAUAGCUCAAAAGAAAGGGAAAUUAAAAUUUGCAUUUCAUUCGUUGCUAUCUCAUAAGAAGAAUAUUUUCAUGAAUUUACCGAAAAAUAUUGUUUUUAAGAUUUUUGAUAUUCCUACUUUUUGACAUGUGUUCUGGGAGGCCGAAUGAUGCAAUAUUUUUUUAUCUCAUCAUUUUAUUUUAUUAGGCUCAUUUAGCAAUUCAUUUGUAACAGAGCCGAAUUUAUUUGUGUACAUUUUUAUCUUAAGAUAACUUUUGUUGUAUAUUACACUGUUACCAUUUUUUUAGGCGUAAGAGUAUUCCUAUCUUAUCGAUACACAUGUCGCCUUUUUCGGCGUAAGAAUAUUCCUAUUGUUCGAAUGUUCACAGUUGGACUGUUCACAGUUGGACUGUUCACAGCGGGACUGUUGAUAUGAGGCUUCCAUUGUUGUGUUAUUAAUAGUGUCAAUUACCGAUGUAGCAGACCGAAAAUGUAAGCAAUAAGGGACUGGGAUUACCGUCACAUGAUGAUUGUUGCGUGGACCUAGUAGCUAGAAUAACCCACAAAGAUGGUCAGUUGAGGGGCUCUGAGUUAUGAGCUCAUGAUUGUUCACUUUGUAGCGGACACGCAACCUAUUAGGCUAUGAAGACCCCCAGUGAUGCGAUAUGUGUCUGUUAUCAAAUUUUAUAGGAUUUCUGAAUAAUAUUUUCCCACACUCUAACAUAGGUCUUCGUAGUAUAUUUAUUCUAAAAUUGAAAGAUGCUGGAUGGUUGACGUAACACAUAACUCUUACAUAUUUUGCAACACAUUGUAUUUUACUGUUAUUUUUGUCAUCGAACCCAGGUUGAGAGUAUGUACCGUAAGUACAUGAGGUAGAAGUAUAUUUUAUACUUAUGACAGACAUACAGCUGUAAUUGCGUUGUACUUCGAAAAUUGUAUGUCUGUCACCAUGUACAGCGCUAGAACCAUGCAAGCAACUCGGUACAAUCGCUAUACCUGUACCGACCUAUUUUACCGCUGUACAUGGCUACAGUUGUACUGUGCGCAGCGCCAUAGACGAUUAGUGGUGGGUAGCAUGAACAAAACGAAUCAAAACAUUUGGUAUACAAUCUUUUCAUUGACUUUCUCUUGAGUUAAUAACUCAGAUUGGAAACAUAUUUGUUGUGUUCGAUAGUUUAGACGCUAAAUAAAAACCCUUUUCAUUGAAAUAUUGGUGAAAAUACAAUGCAAUAAAUUCAAACUUCUGAUUGUCAGUCUGACAUGCGGUACAAUGUACAACCAAAGUAUGUGUGUCAUGCUAUCGUGGUACCUGUACAACGCUGUACACGUACAGCGCUAGUACAGUUGUAUGUCUGUCCAUGGUAUUAAAGUAUAAAUGGCAACCAUGUGUAAGACAUGUUGAUUUACAGCCAUCAACCAAGGUAAUUUCCGUAAUCUAGAUGUUUGCGCGUCCGCUUACUAAGCGAACGUUCGUGGAUUCAAUUCCAGUCCCCUCAAUGAAUUGAUUGGUCUUUUUCAAUGCUAGAGACGAUAAAUGCUGUAGUUUAAAGCGUCUAUAAUAGAAAAAUCAGAUCAACCGUCAACCAUUCGGGGGUCUUUGUAGCCUAAUUGGUUGCGUGUCCGCUACUAAGCGAACGAUCAUGAGCUCAUAACUCAUGGCCCUUCAACUGACCAUCUUAGUGUGUGGCACUAACGGUUCCAGUGGAACUUCUACCUUCUCAACGUAGGUAUUAUUUGCGUCAUUUUUAUAAACUGUGAUUUCUAUGCCAAAUAAUGUGCGCUACACAUACAACGUCCCGUCACCGUGAAGUCAACGUAAAGGAAUGAAAUGUGAAAUAUUCUCCCAUGGAAAACGUAUGCUGGCAUUCACAUACACAAUCACCGGAAACUUUGGCGCCGGCAAAAUAAGUCCAAGAGAAUAGUUGACGGGACGGUGACGGUAAAGCUGUAUGUGCAGCGCACUUUAGACUUAAUUUGCCGACGGCGAACUUGCCGUUGCUGGUGUAUGUGAAUGUUUCCAUAAUAAUUGCAUGGAAGAGUAAUUGACGUAACGUGACGUGGAUGUUGUAUGUGAGUGGCACUCAACACGUCUUGAAUGGAUUCUGGAGUGGUAAGCUCUAGAAUACGCGUGACCCUCGCGCAAGUCGGAAGAAAUUUCUUUGACGAAAAAUGAUCCGCCUAAUACGGGAAUCGAACCCGAACCCCCGGCAUGAUAAUGUGUGCGGCUAACUGUUAGGCCGAGGACAUAGUCAGCCCUAUUCUGUAUUCCGCCUGUUUUCCAUUUCAUUAGAAAUCGUUGUUUCGUUCGAGCUAUAAUUUCGCUUAACCUAUUUCGAACGUUUUGCCCCUUAAAUGUUCUAAGAGAAACAGAUCGAAUCCAUGUUAGGAAUACACUUUUCGGAGUGUAAAAAAACAUGCGAGUGCAGAAGUAGCCCCGGAAGACCGUUUUAAGGAAACAUAUUCUAGUUUGCACAAAGGCAAGCGAGCACAAAAGAACUCGCAGAUUGCAUUUAUUUGCUUAUUUCCCCAGACAUCUUGGAUUUGAAGUCUGUGUUAGGGAAACGCAUUUCAGUCGGAACAAAAAUACCCCCAACUUUCAUGUAUUUGCAAUGCCGAUCUAUCCAACGCUGCUUGGUUUUGAAGUCUGUGGGCCCUAUUAUAGAAAUCGAAUCGAGGAUUCGAUACAAUCACUAUCACUAUCACACCGAGUAAAAUCUGGAAUUAUAGAAAUCGAGGAAAACUGCUCAAUUCGUUAGCAAGCUCGAAUGUCAGCGGGUGUGAUGAAAUAUUUUGAAACAAGUCUGAAAUGUUUCAUGAAGCACUAUAAAAAGGAUGCCAAAUCUUUUUUUGAGGCACCUGCUAUGAAAAUGUAUUUCCAAAAGUGUUAAUAUGGUUAUGUUUUGGAGUAAAUUGAUUUUCCCUCAAAGAAUAAAGCUUAAUAGGCGUAAGGCACGCAUGCAUGUGUAAUAAAAACGACAGCGUGGAACAAUUUGCUGUACAAAAAAUAUAAUUAUUAGAAAAUCUAUGGAAUUCCGUAAAGAGUCAUGCACGAAUUUCACGUUUUUUUAGUAAAACAAUUUUUGUUAUUCAUGUAAUGCAACAUGUAAUUUUCAUGUAGCGUUGAUUUCUUGUUUAGCGGCGUCGAUAGCUUUAUUGUAUUGGGGCCACCACCUGUUGCUCUAAAUUCUCGCUUGUUGUGUGCUAGUGUUUUCUUUACCUUUCCCCUCAUGUCAAUCCAAACCUGUAAUUUAAAUAAAAUCAUUAUUGUUUUGCAGGAUAGCUUUAGCAUAUGGUAUAGAGCAUUAUACCACUCCGACCAUUAGUUUGAUCUAUUGUAGUGAAAGUGGUAUAGUUUGGCAUAGUAUAGCAAUAAAAAAGAAAAUUGCUGCCAAAAAUAACGUACUAAUGUAUGCUAGUAGAAGUAAGCAAUUUUUAGGUAGGAAAUUCGGUUGAAAGAAAUUCAAAGAGUAUGAUAAAAUUUACUUAUGAAAGUUAUGUGUAUCGUAAAAGAAAUACUUACUUUCUGCCAUUCUGAACCUAGAUGCAUUGGAGGUCUCAGUGCAUUAAGCUCCUCACUGAAUUCCUCCAACUUUUUCUAUACCGGGAUUAUACUAGAACUGCCUCCACAAAAACCUCGAGCAAUGUCUACAUUCGCUUCCAUUGUUUCAAGGAGCCGUUCAAACUGGUGGUGAUUUGGUUUUUUUUUUCUUCCGCCACUCAUUUUCAGCCACUGAAAUAUGCGCUGGAAGUAAAUUCUACAUUGUAAGUUAUAACAUGAUUAGUAUAAAGGACAACUGAACACUUACCUUGCAUAGACUAUUCUGGCAGCACCGUAAAACAAAUGCUGAUCAAAACAAACGAACAUGUGUUGCAAAUUGCAUAUAUUGAAGCGUUUCUGAAAUGUUUCCCAAAGGGAUACAAGCCAAAACAAAAUAAUUCUCUGAAGAUAUGCAACAAGUGAACCAAACAACUCGAAAAGUUCUGACACUUGCAUCGAUAGUUAUCGCUCGCUCGGUGCUAUCGAAUUGCUCGAUUUCUAUAAUAGUAAAAUAGAGCUAACGAGCAAAAUUCUUAUAGCCUCGAUUUCUAUAAUAGGGCCCUGUGUUAGGGAACACAUUUCGGUGAAAACAAAAGUCCCCAUACUUUCAUGUAUUUGCAAUGCCGAUUUCCCCAAGGCUGCAUGGUUUUGAUGGCUGUGUUAGGGAAACCGUAGAUCGGGCCAAUCAAAAUGAGGCAGUUAGGGCGUUUAGAUAACGCUUAACAUUUUACAGUUAUUCAAUUGUUUAUCUAAUGAAAAAUAACAUUUUAUUAAUUGCGAUAGAAACGUAGAAAUAUUCCUUCUCAAUUGAUGCAAACAUCUUUCCGAUCCAGUACGAAAUGUUCGAGUUAUAAACAUUCGGAAUCUUUCAUUUUUUCCUGCAUGUUCUGUGUUUAGGUUUUCAUUUUACCCCCCAUAUACUCCGGUAAGACAUAGUCCCACGUCAAAAACCUGGAAGAAUCCAGUUUAAACUGGAACAUUGGCAACGCUGGUGUAGAGUGUUUUGCCGCGAGUGAAUGCAAGCAAUGUUGGUGAUUGACGAGAGAAUCGACGAAAGCAUCCAACUUUUUUCAACAUGUGAAAACAACUUCUUCAAUCAAUGUGUUCGUCUCGCAUCAUACGAUACCACUCAGUGAGUGAGCGAAUCCAAACAUGUGGUAGACAAGUUCAUUCUGUCUCGUAAGUAGAAAGAACAGCAGCUCUGUCGACCAAUGAUUCACUCUCCGUCGAUCGGAUUUGUGUGCGGAUGAGACAGAGAAGGAUCGCCAAGCGAUAAUUUUCCCGUGAUUGUACUCAUUUGAACAAUUAUCAUACCGACAGCAAGCGUUUUAAGGGCCAAUGCAGCAAAUGUCUGUAUAUUGUGAUGCAUACCGUACAAAUAUUUAUAAGCAGGGCGGCGAUUUUUAUUCGAUCAGUUGUUUUUGAAUGUCCCCUACUUAUUCUUUAAAUUUAUCAGGUGUAAUACAUAUUUUAUAUUAAUGUGGGUUAAUUGUAUAUACGAUAAAAGAAGUUAUGAUUUGUAAAUGCUUGUGGUACAGUAGUUUGCUUCCGAAGAAUAGCAGCAUAAAGGACAUUGGAAAACCGCCAGCAAGUAACUUUUAACGACCAAAAUAAACAGGACCACCGGUAACGUAAAGAAGAAAACAUCGAAUAAAAAAGUCUGGUGCAUGAGAAUAUACACACAGAUAUGAUAUGAAAUUGAUAGCAAGAAUUUUUAUGUUAUCCGGAUGGUCAAUAUUUACCAGUUUUCGCAUGGAGUAUAGCGUUUCACCAAUCGAUGGAAAAUAAAUACGAUACAGUAAUCUUCCGAAUAUACAUAUUUCAGUUUUUGCGGAAUGUUUCUUCAGGAAAGAAAUGAAGUUCUAAUGUAAAUCCGAAAGAACUUUUCACACCAUCAAAUAACGUUACGUUCCAGAUUGUAUCCAUUACUUCUCCCAACAAAACGUUUUUAACCUGUUUUUAACCCUAAUAUACUCGCGCUAAUGGUCUCUCAGACCGACAAUCAAUAAUUUUGUUUUAAAGAGGAUGAAUUAAAUCACUUUAAAAACUGAGUUAAGGCGAAGAACACAUAUUAAUAGAUUAUCACGUAUGCUGCAAGAAAUAUUGAACAGCUUUUCUUCUGUUAAGAACUUAAUAACAGAAAAGGUUACAAUUAUGAUUUUUUGGGGUUAUAUUGAAAUAAUUUUAAUAUAAGUUAAGAAAGAGUAAGUACAGGUCGGACUCUAUACAACUAGUUUCGAUUAUCUGCAGUAAAUUUAUAUACGUUGGCAAUUCCAAAUUUAAAUGAAUACAUCGAUUUAAUAUUUAAACAUACCUAAUAUGAUAAUUUGAUGAAAUAUGGAUGUAGUUAGGAUGAGCAAUGUCUGUUUAGUAUGUUUUAAUUCGGUUAUCAACAGUGCAUCAUAUGAUCUUUCGAAUAAUCAUGGAUGUAGUAAGGAAAAGGAAAAGUUGGGGUAGGAGUGUUGAGAUUGUUGCAAAGAAUACAAAAUAAGUGAUUAAUCUUUGAAUCCGCUUGGAUAGUUCUUUGAUUUAUUGGAUUCUCAAAAGAUGUCUAUUUCGCAUCUUCAUAUGUUACGAUAUUAUCGCAGAAUAGAUUUAAUUUAAUUUAAUUUUUUUCUUGCAAAUUAUUAUUUAUUUUGGUUUAAAAAUAAAUUCACGAGUAACGAUGUGCAUUAGAGUGCCAAUGAGAAUGGUCAUCUCAAAUUUACGAAUGGGACUUCCUGAAAAAAAAAAUUACCUCGAAAAAAUACACUAUACAAUAUUUUAGCUCGUUCAGACUUUACUUACUGUUGUCGUAAAGACGCCAAAGUUUGAGUCAUCCGAAAACCACAGAAUCAACGUUCAUGCGUUCAUGCGUUCUUUUACAGCCAACAACGGGAUCAAUGGAAUCAUUCGGUACCUCGUCCCAAGCCUCGGCCACCCAAAACAUAGCAUCCCUAAUGUUGAUUCGCUUAACCAUCUCAUCGAACUCUCCUUGGCUCCUGGAUGCCAAGCUUUUGCUUGUAUUUGGACUUGAUCGUUUGAAUAAUAUUUUGGUUCAUGAGCUGUAACAAGGCAAUGUUUUUUUUCGAAUUUCAAAACAUUAUUCCUCCCCCAUGGGGCGCUAGUCAAUUUGUGGCUAAGAUACUGCAUUGUACAAAUAAGUCAGUGCAAAUCAUAGUUAUUUUACGUUUACCGAGAGAUUUCCGUUUAAUUUUCUUAUGAUUCGAUUAUCCGGAAAAUUCGAUCAUUCGGAGUGAAAAUAAAAUCAACAUUCCGUUUCAUCUCUAGUCGAGAGUGAGCAGUCUGAGAAACUGAUCAUCCAUUACAGACCAUUGGACAAAACGAUUUCUUCAAAGAUUUGGUGUUUUUGCGAAAGCCAUCAAAGUCCAGCGCGGAUACAACCAGGUUACAAAACUAGAGGGACGAGAUCUAGCUUCAUGAGGAUGCAUCGUAUGCCUUUUCGAAAUUUACAACAAAUCAAUCUAGCCAGCAAGUAAUCAACUACCAUCCCCUCUUGGAUGAUGCCUACACACGCUAUUAAUGAUUUUUUCACACGCUACCAAUGAUAAAUAAUUGAUUUUUGAUACAAGUUAUCUCAAAAGCUUAUUUCAAUAAGUGCGAUCUUUUGCCCCAUAGGCUGCGAACUUGUGCCUCCACUAUUGGACAAAAAUCCGCUUUUGACAAUUUGUAUUAUAAUAAAUAUUGGACAAGCAAAACUCGAAGCAUUUAUAGAUUGCGUUUCGAAGGUUAUAUAUAGUUACUAUUUAGUAAGCAAACUGAACCCUAUUGGCUUUCCUUUUAAAAGUUAUUAGACCACAACUGUUAGGUGCGCACCUGCGAGCAUUAGCACAUCGAAAAGUUAUAUUUUCAUCGCAUCGCAUUUUUGUCUUUCGAUUCAAUUCUUUUCUGAGAGCGACACCACUCUAUCACAAAGCGAUUCGAUCCAAAGCUCCGAGGCUAAGCACCCAAUCGGAUCAGGAAACGAAAGUAAAGCGACUUUAUUCGCACAUUCUCCCGACUCAUGUCCAAUCACUGUUCGUCAGACGCGCUACUCUUUCGUUUUAGACGACGGUGGCACUAGAUGCAGGAAAGUGGUCGUACGAAUUGUAUACAAUAGUGAAAGUAAACAACCACAUUGAGUUGUAUUGGUGUGGUUACAUUUCUUACCACUUCCUUCGUUCGAAUUCGUCAGCUUCUAUCGAACAAAAUUGUUUGUUUCUCUUCGUACAAUCAAAUUUUCGUGCGUACUCCGAUCCAAAGUAACCUUAGCCUUAAUCAUGCCGAUAGCAAUAUAUGUACACGUUGUUUGGUCGUGCGAGGUGUAUCUUGUUGCCAGAUCCAAUCUAGGCAACUCUCUUCGGGCCAGAGGAAGGCAGCCCAUUGUGCUGGUUAGACCUUGAUUACAUAUCCCGAAUAUAUGUCUACCUAAAAGGUAUCGAUCUUCGUGUGUGAAUGUCCUUAUAUCCUUAUAAGGACAUUUCCUUUUCCUUCGCGAGAACUCAAAUCCCUUCUUACUAACAAUAGAAUAAGGUGAAACGUCAAUUUUGAAUCAUAUUCGUCAUCAACCUGGGACUACGAAAUUAUCCGCGAUGACUAGUGGCGACAUUCGAGUUUGGGAUUCAAAUCAUUCUCCAUCAAAUUAGAAGGUUC